AUGGAUCAGACAGGGGCAAAGAUCAGAGAGCAGCUAAGGCUGAUUCAAGUUACACUUAAUCAUGCAAAAGACUCAUUCCAUGCUCUAAGCAGAGCAGAACAGGAGGAAGAAGGAAAUGGAACAACAACCAGAGACAAUGAUAUUAAUCAAGCAAAAUGUUUACUUAUGCAAGAUCCGAACUACAAAAAAGGUUUUAAAGUUGAUCAUGUGUGGGAUAUGAUGAAAGAUUUUGAGAAGUUUAAAGAUGUCGAUGCUGGAAGUAAAAAAGUUCGAAAGCAAGGCUCUUCUUAUAUAUCAUCGGAGUCUGAGACUCCUACUCCUGAUUCACCUCUAGUAUCAUCUCCUAACUUAUCAUCAUUUUCGCUAAAUUUGAAUGAGGAUGUUGCAGGUGAUUCCACAUCAUCACAACGACCUAUUGGGGUGAAGAAAGCAAAAUUGAAGAGAAAAAUCGAAGAAGUUUUUUCAUCUGCUAUGCAAAUGGUCCAAUCAGAAAAUAAUCGGCUUGUUGAGUUGUUGGCAAUGUCAGGUGCAGACAGGCAGCGAGAUUUGGAGAUGAAAGAUAGAGCUUUGAAACUAAAAGAAUUUAAAGAAGAAAAUAAAAUUUUAUUGUCGAAAUUAGAUUCUGUUGGUGAUCCAAAUAUUCGUGAAUUUAUUCGACAAGAACAAAAACGAAUAAUGGAUAAAAGAAGUCAACAAUUUCAACAGCCACAACCACAACAAUCCUCUGCCCCAUACACUCAAUAUUUUAAUGAUGUUGGUGGAUCUGGAAACGACCUACCAGAGUACUAA